AUGCCUCAAACUCCUCAUAUACCUCAAAACGAUGUCAACUCCGGAUUCCAUUUAGCCGAUGGGCGAGGGUACAUGCUUGACCGUGGUUAUUUCGCCUCUUCGAGGCUAAACUUCCAAUUUUAUCUCUGGAAAGAAUCUUUACGUUUUAAUUUGCACCCUUCCAUCUCUAUACCAAUAGAAAGCGACUUGCGAAUUGCAGACAUUGCCACGGGGACCGGGCUAUGGCUGUUUGACGUGGCACGCGAGCUGCCUGCAUCGGCACAACUGGAUGGCUUUGAUAUCAGCCUGGCAAAUGCUCCCCAGAAGCAAUGGUGGCCGCGAAAUGUCACGAUGCGGGAGUGGAACGUCUUCGAUGACGUACCGGAUGCCCUUGUUGGGAAAUAUGACAUCGUCCAUUUAAGGCUGUUGAUCCUGGUGGUUGAAAAUAGCGACCCAAGACCCAUUAUCCGAAAAGCCUUUAAGAUGCUCAAGCCCGGCGGCUACAUUCAAUGGGAUGACCUUAACUAUCCCGACACAUAUGUUAGGAGACCAUCGGUAUCGUCAUCUACGCAGAGAACAGCAGCCACCCCAGCAUUCGACUCUCUGCGAGAAUUUGUGUACUCCAAUGGCCGCCACGACUGGGUCCUGGAGCUUCCUGAAAUUCUAAGCAGCGAGGGAUUUGAAAGUGCUAGACAGUACAACUACGUCGAUAGACCGGACCUCGCAAAGGCCAAUGGAGACCAACACCUGUUAACGAUGGAAGAAUUUGCAACUACCCUGGCGACUGCAGGCAAUCACCAGGCCUCGGAGAAGAUUUUUAACCUGAUUGGGGAAGUUUAUCAGGAAUCACUGGCUGGCGUAGCUCUGUCUAUGCCGCGGGUUGUGAGCAUAGCUCGGAAACAAAGCAGGGAAACGCUGCGUGCUGUAAUAUAA